AUGGAGUCAAGGAAUGCGUCUUUCUUUGAGAAUGUGUUUCCUUGCCAAAACCAAGGAGAUAAUCAAAGUUUUGAAAAGGAACUUGAAGAUGAUCCUAGUGAUAAUGAUCAAGAUGAAGAAGUAGUUGAGCCAAGAAGGAAAAUAGCAACUGUCACUGAUGCUGUUGUUGCUGCUGUUAAUGUUGGUGGGGAUCAAAACCCCGAGGUAAUGGAAGAAAAUAACGUUGUUAAUGAGUUGGCCAGUUAUGGCUGGAAUCCAAAAUUAGGCAUGCCAUUUGACUCUGAACAAGCUGCGCGUGACUUUUACAAUAACUAUGAUGGAAAGGUGGGCUUUAGUAUUAGGAAGGCGUCUGCUUAUGAGCUAUUUUGUAGGGAAUCUGGUAGAAAAGCAUCACUUGGCUUCAUCAAAUUAGACCAAAAAAAUUACUUGAGAUCGAAGAGACAAAAGGAUUUGGAAUAUGGAGAAGCGGGUAGUGUGUUGCAGUACUUUCGUAAGAAAACUGUGAAAAAUCCAUCCUUUUAUUAUGCAGUCCAAUUAGAUUGUGAAGAGCAGAUAAGUAAUAUAUUUUGGAUCAAUGCCCAAAUGAUAAUGGACUAUGCUCAAUUUGGUGAUGUAGUGACCUUUGACACUACUUACAAAUUAAAUAACGAGCAUAGACCUUUUGGAACCUUUGUUGGAUUUAAUCAUCAUCGAGAAAUAGUUAUAUUCGGUGCAGCAUUGAUGUCUGAUGAGACUACCGAAUAA